AUGGAAUAUUCAGCUUGUCUUGCAAAUUUAGAGAACCUAUUUGAUCAAGAAAAACGACAGAAGAGAGUCCGUGAUUAUUUUCGAGAAGGUCGCCAUAAUUUUCAGCCUGAAGAUCGUAAGAUUGUGGUCAACUGGAUGAUAGCAUGUGUAAAUCAUUUCGAAGGUAUUAUGGAUGUCGUACACUUAUCAGUUGCAUUAUUUGACUUAUUCUUGUCUUCUGAAAAGGCACCGACGUUAUCAUGCGAAAAAAUGCAAUGUGUUGGAGCUAUAUGUCUUAAAAUUGCUUUUGAUACGAUAGAAAAUAUUAAGACACGUGAGGGUUUUGCAAUUGUUGCUAUGACUUCCAGAGUCGACCCAGAGUCUUCUUUAGCUGAGCUUCGUAGAAUGUAUCUUUUGGUUCUUAACCGUUUCAGAGGUAAAACAUUUUUUGUUACUCCUUAUGUCUUCCUUUCGUAUUUCCAUGUUAUUCUCAGAUUGGAACCCUAUCACGAUUUGUAUAGUAUGACCAACUAUAUAUUGGAACUAGCGCUAUAUGAUGAGAUUGUUAGCGUAAAAUUUGGCUAUAAACCAAAUCUUGUAGCGGCAACGGCUAUUUAUACGGGAAUAGUUGUCCUUGGCUCCCACACCGGAUGGCUUGAUGACUUGUCAGAUCUGACAGGGUAUAAUGGAAAGGAGAGAGAAAUAGUAGAUGUUCAUGAACAGAUGAAGCAGUUAUUAAGAAUAUCUCACUUUGAACCAAGGGAACAUUCAACAAAGGCAAGAUACUAUGUGUAA